AAAGUGGAUGCUAGAGGGGAAAUCCUCACUCGCUGCUAACAGUGAAGUCAAUAGCUAAUUUUGCUCUGACCCCGGGCGUUCUCCGUCGCCUUUACUUCAUACUCUUCGAGCACAAAGCAAACAGCCAUUCCCCUUCAUCGAUUCCCUUACUUUCGUUCGCAGACUUUUAACGAUAUGGCUGAGGCAGUUGUCCUGGGCAUUGUCCAGAACAUCCUCGGGACCUUGGCCUCCGACGCUCUCAAGGAGAUCAGGCAGUUCUGGGGAACCAGGGACGAGCUCGAGGCUCUCAGUGGCACGAUCUCGAUCAUCGAGCCGGUCCUGCUCGAUGCCGAGGGGAAGUACGACAAGAUCCCCAAAGUCAAGACAUGGCUUCAGAGGCUUAAGGUUGCUUUCCGCGAUGCGGAGGACCUGCUGGACGAGAUCUCGACUGCUGAGUUGCGUCGCAAGCUGAGGACCGACCCGGUGAGCAAGUUGUUCUCGAGCUGCCUGAACCCGUUUUUUAUGCUGAAAGUGUCUCGUAGAAUCAGGGCCGUUAGACAGAAGAUAGAUUCCAUUGCUAAAGACAGGCAGCUUCUACUCUUGGAGCUGGAGGAGCGUCCUGUCACGGAUGUCCGGGGUGAGACCAGAGGCAGGAGGAGGGAGCUGACGCACUCCUUUAUACUUGACCAAGAGAUUAUCGGGCGAGAUGACAGUAAAAGAGAGAUUGUAGAAGUUUUAUUAGAAAAGGAUGCAGAAGAAGCUGUUUCCGUCAUUCCGAUUGUCGGAAUUGGAGGGUUAGGAAAGACGGCGCUCGCGCAGUGUGUUUUCAACGAUGAAAGGAUCAAGAGCCAUUUCGAGGAAAGAGUCUGGGCCUGCGUGACUGAUGUCUUCGAUGCAAAAGCCAUCAUGAGGCAGAUUAUUGGUUCGGAAGGGAAAAUGGAAAUGGAGAUGGAACAGUUGCAAAAUGAGCUCCGAAGAAGAAUCGAUGGGAAAAAGUACUUGUUGGUCCUAGAUGAUUUCUGGAGUGAGGACCGCCAAAAGUGGUUGAGCCUCAAGACUCUGUUGAUGGGAGGAGCGCGGGGAAGCAAGAUUUUGAUCACUACUCGACUGAAUUUAGUUGCCGAGAUAACUCGCACGGUUCUACGACUGUACUUUUUGAGAGGCUUGUCUGAAGAAAUGUCCCAAGCUUUGUUCAUGAGGAUGGCUUUUAGACAAGGGGAAGACGAAAAAGAUCCCGAGUUCAUCUCCAUGGCUUAGGAGAUAACCGCAAAGUGUAAGGGGGUCCCUCUAGCCAUCAGGUGCUUGGCAAAUUUGCUCUUUGUUAAGAACAAGAAAGAUGACUGGAUGUACAUUAAAGAUCAACAACUCUCGAAGAUAGAUAUC